CCCAAAGCAAAUUGACCUUAACAAGCAAUCACAUUUUUUACCACGUCAGGAGUUUAGACCGGUGGCGAACUCCUUUACAAAAAGUUCUACCAGGGGUUCUUUUGACGCUCACUGUCAUUUAAUCAAUAUGAAGACGAAACCCUGAAUAACACUCGAUCAGCGAUAUACACGGCAGCAAUGGUUUCAAUCAAAGUGGUUUCUUCAUAUAUCGUCGAUUGGCUUUUGUUGAUCGCAGUCGCGCUCGUUGGGUACGCGAUCAACAACAUUACUCCGAACAAGCAUGCAUUCAGCCUAGACGACCGCAACAUCAGCUUUCCGCUUUACCCCGACACUGUAUCCGUGGCUGUACUCGCUAUUGUUAGUGCUAUAGUACCUAUUGUCAUCAUCUUCGUUGUGACUUUCCUCUUUGUUCCUGGACCGACGGUACCCAAAGGGACGCCACAAAGCUUGAUAUGGAAGAGACGGCUCUGGGAGCUUCAUGCGGGCUGGCUCGGCCUCGCGUUGUCACUUGUUUCUGCCUGGUUUAUCGUCAGCAGCAUGAAAAACCUUUUCGGCAAACCACGCCCGAACCUCCUGGCCCGAUGCCAACCCGAUCUGGAGAACAUUGCCAACUACGUCGUUGGUGGCGUUUUGACUCCUACAAGCGACGGGAGGCUUGUAACAGCUGCUAUUUGUCAGAACAGCGACUCAUCCGUUAUUGAUGAAGGCUUCCGCAGUUUUCCAUCGGGGCACAGCUCAUUUUCUGCUGCUGGUUUGAUAUACCUAUCCCUCUUUUUGGCUUCUAAGCUUGGCGCUUUCGUCCCUUUCCUUCACCCUAUCACUUACCCCAAAGAUGAGACUACGCACUCCGCCUUUCCUUCGCGUUUAGGCUACCGGCAGUCCACUUCGCCUAUACCCUUAGAGUCACAGGAGAGCGACCAGCAUACGGCAGUGUCACCCACGAAGGACAUUCCCAGCGCUAGGAAAGAGGCUGCUGCUCCCCCCUUGUAUCUGCUUAUCGCGACGGUAAUUCCAUUCUUCGCCGCAGUGUAUAUAAGCUCAUCUAGGUGGUACGAUUACCAGCAUCAUGGUUUCGAUAUCCUGUUUGGCUUUACUAUCGGUCUUAUUACCCCACUUUUAGCUUUUCGAUACUACCACCUUCCUUUAGGACGCGGCGCUGGGUGGGCUUGGUCUCCCCGUAGCAAGGAUAAAGCAUUUUGGGCUGGACUCGGCAGCAAUAGCUAUGCUAGAGAUCGGGACCUGCCUGUGCUGUGUGAUGAACAGUUGGUAUAGGCGAUAAGGAACGGGGCCUAACUUACCAACUUGUGAGGUGUCAAUCAAUAUGCGCAGCAUAUUUCUGAAUCUAUCACGAUAAUCAUUGGGAUCAGAGAAUGCGGCAAGGGGAGGCAGUAUUAUUGGUUUAAAACCAACUUUAAGACUGCCGGUCUUCUACAGGCUCUCAAUGGGAGGAGGGGACUGAUAGCUUUGUUCGUGACAUGGGACAAUAUUCCUAAUUUCAUUUCGUGUAUAUACUACCAUCUUUGAAGAUGCCUUGCGAAGAACUGCAUUUGGAAACUUCACGAGACAGAUUCCCUCAGAGUAAGUUACAUAGCAGAAACAAACGAGUUGAUAACGCAUUCUAUCCCAGAGCGAUCAAGCUUUCCUUUUGAAACGAAUUUCUCAUCAACAAACAUAUGGGUCAGCGAUUAUAACUUAGAGAUGCGAUAUAGGGCCUUAGUUGCG